AUGGCCCAAAAAACAUCAACAGCUGCACUUUCUCCAGUACCAUUUGAAAAUGGAAAAGAAAUACGGGAAGAAACAAAAACUAAACAUCUUUCAAGAACGCUUUCUUCUCGUAAAAAUAGUUCAUCGACAACAACACCACCGAAAAAGAAAGAUCGUCGCUCUGAAACAGAAGUGAAAAUUCGAGAUUUCGCUUUCCCACACGAAGAUCCACGACAUUGGGGACAAGAAACACUAUACGACGACGAAGACAAUAACGAAUCAGAGCAAGCAGAUCAAUAUGAAUAUGACGAAGAUUUAGAUGAAUAUAAUGAUGGAUUUACUAAUCGUCGAGCACGUGCUUUAUAUGACUUUCAAACAGAUGAUGAAAGUGAAUUAAGCUUUGCCGAAGGGGAUAUUUUAGUGAUCAAAUAUCAACAGAGUAAAGAUUGGUUUUUUGCUGAACUUUCAGCUGAUGAUAAUCCUAAGAAAGCAUCAGGUCUUGUGCCGGAGAAUUAUUUAAAGUUGUUAGAGGAUGUUGAAGAUAUUGAUAUUAAUGAUGAUGUGGAUUUGGAUUCGAAGGGUGAUGAGAAUCAAGACGUGAAUGGUAAUGGUGCUGGUGAAGAACCGUUGUCAUCUUGGGCUGCUGAGCAGAUCAAGAAAUAA